UCGCCCAAAUUAAUGAAUUAGAGGAUCAAUCAUGCAUCUGGUUCCAACCAUUCUUCUUCUUUCUUCCAUAUGCCACUUCGCAGUUGCCAAUAACGGACAAGCUUCAGUGGCAUUCCGCUUCCACAACAAGUGCCCCUUCCCCGUGUGGCCAGCAGCGGCGCCCAACGCCGGCCACCCUGUGAUCGCCGCCGGCGGCUUCCUCCUCCUGCCCAACCGAACCAGGCGCGUCCGCUCGCCGCCGACGUGGAACGGCCGGUUCUGGGCUCGAACCGGCUGCGACUUCUCCUCCUCGCGCGCCUGCCAAACCGGCGACUGCCAAGGCCGCCUCGCCUGUAACGGAACCAUCGGCACGCCGCCUGCUACGCUCGUCGAGGUGUCGCUGCAGGAGGUCGAUAGCGAGCCGAGCUUCUACGACGUCAGCUUGGUGGACGGGUACAACCUGCCGGUGUCGGUGUCGACGUGGCCGGCUGAGGAUAAGUGCUCGAUCGGCGGCUGCACGCGGGACGUCAACAGCGUGUGCCCUCGGGAGCUGCAGGUGGUGCACGAGGCGAGCGGCGCGGUGGUGGCGUGCAGGAGCGCCUGCCUCGCCUUCGACCUCGACGCCUUCUGCUGCCGGAACGCGUACGGGACGCCGGAGACCUGCAGGGACAGCGUCUACUCGAGGGUGUUCAAGGAGGCGUGCCCGGGGUACUUCAGCUACGCUUACGACGCGCCGCCGCCGCUGGUGAACUGCCACGCCGGGGAGUACGUCGUCACGUUUUGCCCGGCGAGAUGGGGCAGCGGUCAUCUUCCUCUGUGACAAUUAAACAGAAAUUAAUUAAAUAAUUAAUAAUUUUGUCACGGAUUAUGAAAAUUAUAUUAACGAUGUCUUUUUAUGUUA